CUGAGCCCAUUGGUUUCUAGUCAUCUGAUGAAGCCUCUGCUGCAGACAAGACCUGCCUCCUUCCCUCUUCACAGCACACUUGCAACCAAAGCUGCAUAUUCCUGUUGUGGGGCCUCCUUCCAGCCUUACAUUUCAGUUCACUAUCUUCAGCCAUCUGGGACAUGGCUCUGUUUUUCUUCUUGAUCUUUGCCUUUUGCACUGGACCUGGACUUCUAGAGUCUCCUCCCAAAGUGCGACUGGUGAGAGGUCCCCAUCGCUGUGAAGGGCGGGUGGAAGUGGAACGGAAUGGCGAGUGGGGCACUGUGUGUGACGAUGGCUGGAACAUGAAAGACGUGGAAGUGGUGUGCCGGGAGCUGGGCUGUGGAGUAGCCAAGGGGACACCAAAUGGUAAUUUGUAUAAGCCACUGGCAGAUGAAAAACAAAAAAUCUUCAUCCAAGACGUCAACUGCAAUGGGACAGAAGAUGAAUUGAUUGAAUGUGACCAGCUGGAAGACGUUUUUGAUUGCUCCCACAGCGAGGAUGCAGGGGCAAUAUGUGAGAAGUCUCCUCCCAAAGUGCGACUGGUGAGAGGUCCCCAUCGCUGUGAAGGGCGGGUGGAAGUGGAACGGAAUGGCGAGUGGGGCACUGUGUGUGACAACGGCUGGAACAUGAAAGACGUGGAAGUGGUGUGCCGGGAGCUGGGCUGUGGAGCAGCCAAGGGGAUACCCAGUGGUAAUUUGUAUAAGCCACUGGCAGAUGAAAAACAAAAAAUCUUCAUCCAAGGCGUCAACUGCAAUGGGACAGAAGAUGAAUUGAUUGAAUGUGACCAGCUGGAAGAAGUUUUUGAUUGCUCCCACAGCGAGGAUGCAGGGGCAAUAUGUGAGAAGUCUUCUCCCAAAGUGCGACUGGUGAGAGGUCCCCAUCGCUGUGAAGGGCGGGUGGAAGUGGAACGGAAUGGAGAGUGGGGCACUGUGUGUGAUGACGGCUGGAACAUGAAAGAUGUGGAAGUGGUGUGCCGGGAGCUGGGCUGUGGAGCAGCCAAGGGGAUACCCAGUGGUAAUUUGUAUAAGCCACUGGCAGAUGAAAAACAAAAAAUCUUCAUCCAAGACGUCAACUGCAAUGGGACGGAAGAUAAAUUGAUUGAAUGUGACCAGCUGGAAGACGUUUUUGAUUGCUCCCACAGCGAGGAUGCAGGGGCAAUAUGUGAGAAGUCUUCUCCCAAAGUGCGACUGGUGAGAGGUCCCCAUCGCUGUGAAGGGCGGGUGGAAGUGGAACGGAAUGGAGAGUGGGGCACUGUGUGUGAUGACGGCUGGAACAUGAAAGAUGUGGAAGUGGUGUGCCGGGAGCUGGGCUGUGGAGCAGCCAAGGGGAUACCCAGUGGUAAUUUGUAUAAGCCACUGGCAGAUGAAAAACAAAAAAUCUUCAUCCAAGACGUCAACUGCAAUGGGACGGAAGAUAAAUUGAUUGAAUGUGACCAGCUGGAAGACGUUUUUGAUUGCUCCCACAGCGAGGAUGCAGGGGCAAUAUGUGAGAAAGGGCAGCCUGACAUUUGAUGUUUGGCCUGACUCUGGCAGGGCCUGAGUGUCCUUUGCUUUCUCCUGGUCUCAAAUGGCUUAGUGCAAGCCCUGGGCCUGCAGGCUCAGCUCUCACUCCCUCAGCCCCUCAGCAAGAAUCUGAACACUCUGCUCUCAGAGCCAAGCACCCCCAUCACCUCCUGGAGAUAUGAGUUGUUGAAUUCUCUCUUGCCAAGGAAGAUGACCUCCCAGUCACCUGCUCUUCACUGCUGACCCUCUGGCAUUGAUUCUGCCCCCUCCUUCCUCUUUUCAACCAGCCUGGGAUCCCCAGGUCUGUUCCUUUGACCACUACAGGACAUUUCUAAGACCAAACCUACAUGUCUGUAAAGAACAUGAAAGGAAGGAGACAACAAAAGGAACAUUUGAAGGGGAAUAUGGGUAAAUAAUGAGAUGAAACUUGAGGGAAAGCUCCUUGAAUGCUUUUUCUCAAGCCUUCAACACUUUUUCUUAACCUUCAACAAUUAACAUCUCAUUAUUGUCCUGUUGUCUGAUAAAAGCAGACACAUUCUUUCAAGAGCAGAGCAGUAUCCUGUAAUCCUAGACCUUUUCAUGACACUUGGAAAAGAAAUAUCACACCCUCUGAAUGCCCAUAAUAAAAUACCUUUGUUGACUAUCCAUAUACAACUUGCCAACAUGGUGUGCAUUUAACAAGAAGAAUCCCACAAAUGUAUUUUAAUUUCCCCAGGAAAAAUGUAUGGACCUGAGACUAGAAGGGAAAGGAAGAGAUGCAGAAAGAAUUUGGGGGAAUCCAUCAUUGUGCCUCAUGCCAAUCGGAUGAUAUCAUUUUGUCAACUCAGAUUUUAGGGUCUGUAAGUCUGAUGCAAGACAGAAUGAUACUAAGGAGAGAAUCAUGGCUUGGUUCUACAAACUGACAACUUCAGGCUCUGAGACUGAGUUGAGUACCUGUUAUGUGUCUGCAUUUAUGCUUGCUAAUAAAGUAGAUGUUAAACAGUCUCAA